CUUCAGAAUCAGUGGGCCAGUGGUACCCUCCCCCUAGUUUUGAGGAGGCGGAACGGACAGUGUUUCAAAACAUGUCAAGUGGACUACGACAAGGUCACAAAGAGACUCCAAGUACCAGGUGAACCGUUGCAGUAUUUUACUUCAGUUGCUCAUUCUCCAACGCUGUUGAAAGCAGAUGGCCUUGAGUGUGCGAGAGAGAGCCAUUGGGGCCAUUGUAGGGGCAGCAGUCGCAGAUGCAGCAGCCCAGCCCAUGCACUGGAUUUACAAUCUAGACAGACUCAGAGAAGUUCUCGCUGACCUGGAACCCACACCAGAGUUUCGUGCCGACUCUGCAAAUCCUUUCUACCGCAGGAAGACAGGCGAGCAGACGUGCUAUGGCGACCAAGCUUACGUCCUGUUGGAAUCAUUGAGUCAGUGCGGAGGUGUCCAUGUGGACGAUUUGACUCAACGUACCUACAAGUUUUUUGGCACAGGGACAGUGUACGACUUGCCACUCAAUGACCCUUACCGCAAGAAAGGAGGCCCCAAAGCCGUCCUUCCUAUUGAUGGUCCUUGGAGGCAUGGGAGCCUCAAAGCUUUCUUGAGAAAUGUGGAUGCUGGCAAAGAAGAAACUGGCUGUGACGAGGACUGUCAAAUGGACGGCAUCACCAAGCUGGCUCCAGUGGUGGCCUUUUAUGCUGGCCAAGGCGACAUGCUGGAGAAAGUGGAGAAAGUGAUCAGGGUGACCCAAAAUAAUGAUAUAUGUGUGGCUGUGACAUUGGCUGCAGCUAGGAUUUUGGAACAUUUCAUUCUGAAUGGUCCAAGUCCCAAAGCUCUGGAAGCAGUUUUGGCUCAGUUGAAUGAUCCGCAAAGACAGAACCCUCAAGAGCUCGAUAAUGUUGUCAUCGCACAUCUACACCAGGUGAAGAAUAACCUGGCCAAGACGUCCCAGCAGCUCAUACCCGCUCUCUUCACAAACACAUGAGCUUUGCCCGGUGCAUUCCAAGGAGCGCUACAUGGAGUCCUGACGGCGAGCCAACUGGAUGAAGCUGUCAGGGACACCAUGCGCUGCGGGGGGUGCACCGCCAGCCGAGCCUCCUUCAUCGGAGCCUGCUUCGGGGCACAGACUGGCCUCCAAGGAAUCCCUGAAUCUUGGAAGAAGAAGACACUUCGAUACCCUCGGCUGCUGGAGCUAGUUGAAAAUAUGUUCCAAAAAUCAUGUUAAAUUGCAGUUAAUCAUUGAGUUUGCCUUGUAUGAUCCACGACUAUUAGUUGGGGUUAGUGCCUUCUCCUGCUAUAAUAUUCACUUUCCUCAAGUUGCAGAUGUGCUUUGAAAUGACAAUUCAUGACAGUCUCAUUUUAAAAGUCUCGGACUGAAUGAGACUCGAAUCUGUUUGUCAUGUCAAAGUCGCAUUAUGUAAGAAGAAGGGAGUCUGUGCCAAUUGCUUGAAUUGGGUCAGAAGAGCCUUGAAAACCAUCAAUUGCUAAUAAAGGAUAGUGUUACUUG